AGCAAAUCGGCGUGGCAACACUGGUAGAGGGAGCGCGUCAUUCAAAUCUUACGUUUAACGUUCGUUUGGUAUAAAUUGUAGUUUUAAAAGUAUAUAAACAAAAAGAAAAAUGUUUGUUCUCACAACUGAAAUAUGGUUUUCAAUGAAUUAGUUACAAAAACAAAAAAUGAACAAACAAGAUGUAUAAAAGUUGAAGAUUUUAAUGAUCUUUUUUAUCCUACUGGUAAUAUCAAAUCUGAAGUUGUCACCAUAAUUUUGUCUUGUGAUGGUAAUGAAAAAAAUUAUCAGAAAUCUUUGGACCAAAAACAAAACAUUUGGCCUGACAUACUAAAAAUCAGCUAUAAUAUUAACUCAUCCUGUGAAGAAUUGGAAGCAAGUAUUAUUAAUCUUGUGAAAUUUGAUACUAUUUCAUCAUUUUGUGAAACAAGACUGACACCAACAGAAUCUCAAAAGCGGAUAGAAAAGUCUAACAACAUGGUUCGUAACAGACAGAAAAAGAGAGACAUUUGUGAAUUGUUAUUUACAAGUCCUGAAAGACAUAAAAUGUUAAAUCAAAAUAACCAGCAAAGUAAAAAGUUUAAAAAUGUUCGUAGUGAUUUAAUGCCAACAACAGAAAUUAGACAAAUUUCAGUUAUUUCUAGGAAGCAAGAUAGAAAGAAGACUGUAAAAGCUUGUUUUAAAACAGAUUUCACAUUAAAAUUUGAAAAUCUAGCUUGUGAUUCAACAAAUAUAAACUUUGCUGAAGUGCCAACAGGGUGUCGAAAACAGUUAUUUGUCAAUCAUUCUAUAACUAAUGGACAUAAAGGAAAAUCAAAUUCUGGAAAUAAUUCUAUUACAACAUUAAAUCAGAAUAAGCCUUUAGGCUGGAGUAUUAAAAAGAACCGUCCUAAUGCUAUUAUUAAACCUAUCUUGAGUUUAGAUGCAAAUAAAUGCAUUUCUUCAAAUGAAGAGAUUAAAAAAAAGCUUCCACUAAGAAAAGAUAUACAGAGGAUAAAAGUUACAAAUACAAAUGAUGAUACAAAUUCUAUUUGUAAUGGAACAAGCCAGGAAAAUUUCAAAUAUCAUGAAGAAAAAAGAUCUUCAAGUUUUAAUUCUGAAAAUUCAGAGGACUUGCUAAAAGAUAGAGAAUCAGAAUUAUCUUUUGAUGAAUUAUCUGAAAGACACAAAAAAAAAUUACGAGAAGCAGUUGUAAAUGCUUUGGAAAAAUAUGACAUUACUUUAGAUCAUCCUUUAUUUAAAAUAUAUGGAAGAAAUUUGUUUGCUCUUUGUAAAGUUCACUUAAAGAAUGUUAUUGGUAAAGGCCGGACUAGUGUUCAAAUGAAAUUAUUAGCAGAGAACCAUGUUGAAGAGGUACUUUUAAGUAUUUUUAAAAUAUCAUUGAUGUUUUCUAUAGAAAUAGUUUAA